AUGAAUAUCCUAUAUGUUUUAUUACUUUCAAUAUUUAUUUCAGUGAUUUAUUCACAAAACCCAUCAACUUUGACCUUCACCGUUCAAGUUUAUGAUCAAUUCCCACAAUACAAUAACAAUUUUGAAACCAACUGUAAUGGUGGUGUCAUCCCAGGAAUGAUCAAGCCAAACUUGAAUGUUACCUCUCGUGUUCCAGAAUUGGUUUCAUUGGUUGCCACUGAUGCCAAAAACGCCCAAGGUUGCAUGAAGAAUCCAGCCUUGUUCAAAUAUUUCUUUGCUCCACAACAAAAUGCUGCUCUUCCAGGUUUGAACUCCCCACUCAACUUGGACUUGGUAUUUACCUAUGAUACUGCCAGACAAAUCUAUGUCUACAACAACCAAAAUUUCUUCCCAAUUGAUGGAAAAGGAUUUGAUGUUGAUCCAGCCAAGAGAAUUUACAAUAACAAUGGUGUCUAUCACAACUACCAUUUCUGUAUGAGAAUGAGCACUCUUUUCACCUACAAAGGAUUUGAAGUAUUCAACUUUGUUGGUGAUGAUGAUGUUUGGGUAUUCAUUAACAAUAAAUUGGCUAUUGACCUUGGUGGUGUUCACACUCCAGCUGCAGGUUCAGUCGACACCAGAACUCUUGGUUUGACUAUUGGACAAAACUAUAACUUUGAUUUGUUCUUCUGUGAGCGUCAAAGAGUCGGAAGUACCAUUAAGAUCGAAACCAACUUGUUGUUUGUUUGUCCAUGGAAAGAUUUCUGUGGUGUCUGCCAAGGUGAUGGUAGCUCAUGUUGUAAUCCAUUGACCACCUGUAACGAUAACAAUGCCUGUACUAUCGAUACCUGUCCAGCACCAAAUGCCACCAUCGUUGGUCCAAUCGCCAACAACUGUGGUCACAAAGCCAAGACCGAUCCAAAUCCAGUCGAUAUCUGUAUCAACCGUGUCUGUAACCCAGCCACCGGUAACUUUGACCCAACUCCAGUUCAAUGCUUGAACAGAACAAACGAGUGUUUGAACACUCUUGGUUGCAACUCCACCGUUGGAUGUCAAUACCGUCAGUUCUGUAACGAUAACAUCUGUAACGUCAAGGACCAAUGUGCCAACGGUAAAUGUGUUCCAGUCACCUGUACCGAUAGAUCCAAUGAAUGUUUGGCUAGCUUGGGUUGUGACUCCACCAAGGGAUGUCAAUACGAAUCAACCUGUAACAAGGACAUCUGUAACGUCAAGGACCAAUGUGCCAACGGUAAAUGUGUCCCAGUUCAAUGUGCCGACAGAUCCAAUGAAUGUUUAGCCAGUUUGGGAUGUAACUCCACCACUGGAUGUCAAUACGAAUCAACCUGUAACGAUAACAUCUGUAACGUUAAGGACCAAUGUUCCAACGGUACCUGUGUUCCAGUCACAUGUCCAGACAGAUCCGACGAAUGCUUAGUCAGUUUGGGUUGCGACUCCACCAAGGGAUGCCAAUACGAACCAGCCUGUAACUCUGACAUCUGUAACGUUAAGGACCAAUGCUCAAAUGGUACCUGUGUUCCAGUCACCUGUGCCGACAGAUCCAAUGAAUGUUUGGUCAGUUUGGGUUGCAAUUCCGCAACUGGAUGUCAAUACGAAUCAACCUGUAACGACGAUAUCUGUAACGUUAAGGACCAAUGCGCCAACGGUACCUGUGUUCCAGUCCAAUGUGCCGACAGAUCCGACGAAUGUUUGGUCAGUUUGGGAUGUAACUCCACUACCGGAUGUCAAUACGAGUCAUCAUGUAACAACGACAUUUGUUUCGUUCGUGAUCAAUGCGCCAACGGUACCUGUGUUCCAGUUCAAUGCCCAGAUAGAUCCGACGAAUGUUUGGUCAGCUUGGGUUGUGACUCCACCAAGGGAUGCCAAUACGAAUCAGUCUGCAACAGCGACAUCUGUAAUGCACGUGACCAAUGUUCCAACGGUACCUGUGUCCCACUUCAAUGUGCCGACAGAUCCGACGAAUGUUUGAUCAGCUUGGGUUGCAACUCCACCACUGGAUGCCAAUACCAAUCGACCUGUAACGACAAUGUUUGCAACGUCCAAAACCAAUGCGCCAACGGAACCUGUAUUCCAAAGUCCGCUGAAGACUGUGCCAUCGAAUUGGAUGGUUUCGUCAACCCAUGCAAGAUCUACUCGUGCGAUGCCAGCGGAAAUGGUUGCAAGUCCGAAGACAAAUGCAAGCCAAGCACCAACCCAUGUAUCUUGACAUCAUGCAAUGCCACCAGCGGUGAGUGUUUCAACACCGAAAUCCCAGGUGACAUCUGUGACUGUGGUUGUGGUGAGAUUCCAAACAAAUGUAUGAAGUCAUUCUGUACCAAGGAUGGUGUCUGUCAACCAAAAUUCAGAGAUGAAAUCAACGACAACAAUUUCUGUACCCUCGAUGUCUGUGACCCAUGCACCGGUACCAUCACCCACACCCCAGCUCCACAAUGCUUAAGCUGUCAACAAUGUUCAGCUUAA